CGCCGCAGUUGCUCGAUUCAGUUGCGAUCGCGGCGCGAGCGAGUCAAGUCAAGCCAUUCGAGAAGCGGCAGUUCCGUUUCAAGCACACGGGUGGAAAAUUUCUCUCACCGCACGGUGGUGGAAUCGAGUCGAGAACGUAAACGUAAACGCCAACCCACUUUCAACCCAAACGGGAACGAAGGGCAGCAGGGGCUGCAGAAGUGCUGUCAGUGCCAAAGUUACCCAGAAUACAUACACAUAAACACAUCGCAGUGGUUGCAUUUUACUUUUAACCCCCACUGGUUACUGGUUACGGUAGCUGACGAGAUAGACGAGAUGACUAAAAACGAUAACGCGAAUCUGUUGAACGACAACAGGCUGGGAUCCGCCGGAGCGGGGCAGCCCAAGGCCCAGAUCGUGCCCGCCCAGCCGAAGACCCUCCAGCAUCUGCCCAAGCGGCCGGCGGUGGACCUCGCCUUCCACAACCUGACGUACCGCGUCAAGGAGGGAAACCGCAGCAAUGCCAAGACCAUUCUGAAGGGCGUCAGCGGACGCCUCCGGUCGGGAGAGCUCACCGCCAUCAUGGGGCCAUCGGGCGCUGGCAAGAGCACGCUGCUCAACAUUUUGUCCGGCUACAAAACCACGAGCAUCGAGGGCAGCGUCACCAUGAACGGCGCGGAGCGGAACCUCAGCGCUUUCCGCAAGCUCUCCGCCUACAUCAUGCAGGACAACCAGCUGCACGGAAACCUCACCGUGCAGGAAGCGAUGACAGUGGCCACCAACCUGAAGCUCAGCAAGAAGUUCACGAAGCCCGAGAAGCACUCGAUGAUCGAUGACAUCUUGCUGACUCUCAGCCUGAGCGAACAUCGCUACACGAUGACGCGCAACCUGUCCGGCGGCCAGAAGAAGCGCCUCUCGAUCGCCCUGGAGCUGGUCAGCAAUCCGCCGAUCAUGUUCUUCGACGAACCCACUUCCGGACUGGACAGCUCCACCUGCUUCCAGUGCAUCCACUUGCUUAAGAUGCUGGCCGCCGGCGGUCGCACGGUCAUCUGCACCAUCCACCAGCCCUCCGCCCGCCUCUUCGAGAUGUUCGACCAGCUGUACACCCUCGCCGACGGGCAGUGCGUCUACCAGGGCAGCACCAAGCAGCUGGUGCCCUUCCUGUCCACCCUGAGCCUGGAGUGCCCCAGCUACCACAACCCGGCGAGUUACGUGAUCGAGGUGUCGUGCGGGGAGCACGGCGACCACACGCGCAAGCUGGUGGACGCCAUCGACAACGGCAAGCGGGACAUCCGCUCGGCGGCGGACUACGCCGGACUGAAGGCCCGCAACGACCUGGUCAAGGUGCAGAACCUCAAGGCUAUUCUGGACAAGAACGACGCCUCGAACGUCAGCGGCAGCAAGUACGAGGAGAACUUGACCCUCAACAACGGCUUGCUCAAUGGCAUGGUCAACGACAUCGUGAAGGAGGGCAACGGCAGCUCCGCCUUGGUGACCACCAACGAGAAGGGAGACGCCAUGAUCGACGUGGAGAAGUCCGUCAACUGCACGACGGCCCUGCUCACGGAGGAGAUCGCCUCGCCGGAGCGCUACCCGACCUCGCAGUUCCACCAGUUCUGGGUGGUCCUCAAGCGAACCCUGCUGUUCAGCUACCGCGACUGGACACUUAUGUACCUGAGAUUAUUCGCCCAUCUCCUGGUUGGAUUCCUGAUCGGCGCCCUUUACUACGACAUCGGCAACGAUGGAGCUAAAGUCCUGAGCAACCUGGGAUUCCUGUUCUUCAACAUGCUCUUCCUCAUGUACACGUCCAUGACCAUUACGAUCCUUUCAUUCCCGCUUGAGAUGCCCGUUUUGUUAAAGGAGAACUUUAAUCGUUGGUACUCGUUGAAGUCCUACUACCUGGCCAUAUCGGUUGCCGAUCUACCUUUUCAGGCCAUUUUCUGCGUCAUCUACGUGUCGAUCGUCUACUACUUCACCUCGCAGCCGUGGGAGCUGUUCCGCUUCUCCAUGUUCCUCUCCGCCUGCCUGCUCAUCUCGUUCGUGGCCCAGUCCGUGGGUCUGGUGGUGGGGGCGGCGAUGAACGUGCAGAACGGCGUCUUCCUGGCCCCAGUCAUGUCCGUGCCCUUCCUGCUCUUCUCCGGCUUCUUCGUCUCCUUCGACGCCAUACCGGUGUACCUGCGGUGGAUCACCUACCUGUCCUACAUCCGGUACGGAUUCGAGGGCACGGCCCUGGCCACCUACGGCUACGGGCGCGAAAAGCUGCGCUGCUUCCAGACCUACUGCCACUUCAAGUCGCCCAGCACGACGCUGGAGGAGCUGGACAUGCUGAACGCCAACUUCACCCUGGACAUUGUGGCCCUGAUCGUGAUCUUCGUGGUGCUGCGCAUCUCGGCGUACCUCUUCCUGCGCUGGAAGCUGAAGACCGUGCGCUAGGGCUGUUAGCGGAUUUUUGUUGAUUUCGGUUCUAAAAGCUUUCUAUGUACCUACUUUUAGUUUUCAACAGAGCUUCUUGGGUUUUUAUUCAUUAAUUUGUACAAUUUAUAUUUGCCUAGUAUGUAGUUGCGAAUCAAUAAUAUAAGCGAUGCAAGCAGGUUUCACGCAUAUCGUUACCUCGAUUCCAGCCGCAGGUGCAGCGAAGCCUUGCAACAAUUGAUCAGAACAAAUCACUGUAAGCACAACAUGUAAGAAACUACUGAAGAAAUAGGUUAUUGAACAUUAAAAUAAAAUUUUUGCCAAAAAAACAAAAAGAAUAUUAAAAUACAUUUCCACAUGUAUUACACAAUUGAUUUGUAAAUGUCAGUGAGUAAAACUUUUAAACACACAUGUUGUGUCCUUAAACGAAACGAGAAAAAACAAAAUGUAAUCCUUGUCAAGUACAGAUAUUUUUAUGCAAGGAACUGUAAGCCUUUUCUAAAUAUUUUAUACCAACUAUACAGGUUAACUAUAAAUCCAAAUGGUAUUUAAGUGUCUGCAACAUAUACAUAUUUUAUAAUCACGUUUGUAUUUAUAAAUAGUACAUUCUUGGAGGAAAUAAAGAAAUUAUAUACAACAUA